CGCACAGCUUCUGCUUCUAAGAUGGCGCCUCAGAGAAGGUUGUAUGUGCUUUUCGUGAGGAAGCUGCCCUGGACUGUGGCGCGAGAUGAAAUCUGGCAAUAUUUUAGUAAGUUUGGAUACCUCAAGAAAUGCAGCCUGCCGUUCGAUGAAACAGGAUUUCACAAAGGCUAUUGCUGGAUUUAUCUCGACUCGCAAAGCAGCAUGGACAAUGUGUUAAAGAAUUCCCACACUUUAGAGGGAGCCCAGCUCCAGAUCCUGAAAUCAUUCUAGGGCCCUAUGAAAAUAAACACCUUACUUGCUGAAAAGGAUUAACACUGGAAGGAGGUUUUUUAUUACACUGGUAUGUAAUGCAUUUAAAAUAAAAGAUUAUUGACAAACUCUG